AUGGCGACGCCAGCUGUAGUGAUCCAACAAACGGAUGGGAUGCAAUCUGGUGUAUUCCUCUUUUUGGUUUUCAUUGCUGCUGGCGUGUACUUGUGGAUGUCGAUGAAGACCAGGCAAUCCUCAACCUCGCGAUUACAGGCCAAAGCUGUACACAAGCGCUCCACUGCUACAUUGCCGCCAGAGGCAGAGGAGAACCGUGUUCGACCGCCCCUCGACGUUCUCUACCCUAGGCCGGCCGACUAUCCGAAUGACGAUGUUGAGGUUGACAUCAUCGCCGUGCACGGCCUCGGUUCGAACGUUGACUGGUCCUGGACUUGGAAAGGCGGCGGAGAGCGCAUCGACUGGCUUCGAGACCCCGACAUGCUGCCCGCCAAGGUACCCAAGUCGCGGAUUAUGGUGUACAACUACGAGUCGCGGUGGCAUGUGGACGCCCCGAAAACGCGCCUUCAGCUCUGCGGCGAGGAGUUCAUACACGCUUUGCACUUAUUUCGCCGCGGCACCUCCAAGCGCCCAGUUGUCUUGGUCGGCCAUAGCCUAGGUGGAAAUGUCAUCAUCCAUGCCCUUUUAUAUGCUAGCGACAGGGUAGAGUAUAGGUACUUGUCAGAGGCGACGGCAGGCGUUGUGCUGUUAGGCUCACCUCUUCGGGGCACGAAGUGGCAACCCUUCCUCGACUCUCUCGCGCAGCUGAUGGGAUCGACAGGGUCGCACCGCGGGAUCACCAAAGAACUCGGCUUCGACGGGCCUGAGCUGCAGGAUAGACUGCAUCGCUUCUGCCGGCUUCGAAACACCCUGUCAACGCCCGUCUCCUGUUUCUUCGAACUCUUCGAAACGGACUAUGGGCGCAGGUUUGGACUGAGCGGGGUGGCAAGGGGAAUGAUCGUGGAAGAGGCGUCUGCUUGCAUCCCAGGCCUCGACAGAUACGCCCUUCAAGCGGAUCACUUGAAGAUCAAUAAGUACCGUGGUCCAACAGACCGCGGAUUCUUGAGCGUGUCAGGGGUGAUCGUCGAGAUGUGCGCCAACGCGAACGACGUCGUCACGCGUCGGCAAGAUCGUGAGUAUGCACUGAAGCAGAAACCCGAUGCUGGUGCCUGUCUACGUGAUCUCUUCUUGACCGACCCGCUGGAUGACCGAAAGGCACUGAAACGCAAGAAGGGAAACCGUGCUUCCGGCACCUGCGAGUGGAUCCUCGGCACCGAAGAGCUCACUACCUGGCUUGGUUCCGAUCAGACAGGCCGUUCGGAGGCUCCGUCGACUCAGGUUCUUUGGCUUCAUGGGAACCCAGGAACAGGAAAGUCCACCACAGCCAUCUUUCUUACUGAGGAAUUAUCGAAAGCAUUUACUACUACCGUUCGGAAAACGUUAGCAUACUUUUUUUGCGACUCUGGGUUCGAUACGCGAAAAACGGCCACGUCAGUCGUAAGGGGGCUUCUCCUCCAACUCGUCCAGCAGCACCCACAACUCCUCGACUAUGUUUUACCAAAGUAUAACGAGCGUGGGGUGGCGUUGUUCACCUCAUUCGACGCGCUUUGGACAAUCUUUAUGAAUGUGGCGGCGGACGAACACACCGGUGCAAAAUACUGCGUUAUUGAUGCGCUGGAUGAGUGCGAUCGGGAGUCUCAAGUCACCCUGCUGCAACAGCUUAGAGAAACGUUUCAGAGCCAGCAUGUGCCACCCAACGUCUUUGUACUGGUCACCAGUCGGCCGUAUCCUGAGAUACGCCAACAUAUGGGAGGGUUUAUCAACAAGAACUUAGCUUCCUACCCAGAGGCAAAGCAAGACAUUAAACAAUGCAUCGAGGAAAGAACGAGAGACCUGGCUACAACCAAAAACUACACCGACAAAGUCCGAACACAGGUCAGCAAUAUUUUGACAGAGAAAGCUGACGGUACUUUCCUUUGGGUUGGCUUAGCCUGUAAAGAGCUUAAGGAUGUCCCUUCAAAGGAUGCCGUCCGAGUGCUGGAAAGUAUACCCAGAGGACUUACCUACCUAUACAAGAGGCUUCUUGACACAGCUCUAGAACAGAACACCGGAGCCGCCGGACUUCGGCGUAUCCUGAAUUGUGUUGCAGUUUGUGUACGGCCAUUGAGUGUACUAGAGCUCUCUGAAGCUUGCGAACUUCACUUGGACGAGGACGACGAGCAGACCCGGAUUCAGUUUACCCGAGAUCAAAUUGACUCCUGUCGGCUUAUAGUAGUCAUUCAGGAAGAAAAGGUACUUUUACUACAUCAGUCGGUAAAGGACUUUCUGACUGGGCCCGAAGCCGGCCAUUUCAUCAACGAGCUUAGGGCACACGCUGGUCUUGCUUACCGCUGCGUGGAUCUGAUCAAGGAGUCAUAUGAUGCAAAAGGUGCGAAUAGCCCCCUCUGUGGAUACGCAAUUGAACAAUGGCCAAAUCAUGGACGCAUGGCAAAGUCAGAAUUUGGUGUCAAAGAAUCACAGGCAGGGUUCUUCAAAGUUAGGUCCAACUAUCUUCGGAGUUGGCUCAAAGACUAUUCUGCACGCUUUCCCUUCGAAGGAAUUACAGCACGAACUUCGGUCCUACACGUGGCUGCGAAGUGGGGGAUUCCAGCUCUAGCGGAAUAUGUCUUUCAGUCAGAUAAAGAAGGUUUCGACGCAGACAAGAUGACCGAACUGAUUGAUCAUAAGGAUUCAAACGAUAAGACACCAAUGGAGGAAGCUGCUGGAUCAAGGUAUCUAGGGAUUUUGCCUUUGCUUCUAGAUCUUGAAGGGAAAGUAUCACCGCAAGUUAUAGUGGCCGCAGCAAGAAACUAUUGGAACGGUAAGGAAGUCAUGACACUAUUUCUCGACCGACGAGGCGACCAGAUCACCAUCACCGAGGGAGUGGUAAGGGCUGCAGCAGGAAACAAUCAGAAUGGCGAGGAAGAAGUCAUGACACUACUUCUCGACCGGCGAGGCGACCAGAUCACCAUCACCGAGGAAGUGGUAAAGGCCACAGCAGGCAACGAAGAGAACGGCAAGGAAAUCAUGACACUACUUCUCGACCGGCGAGGCGACCAGAUCACUAUUACCGAGGGAGUGGUAAGGGCUGCAGCAGGAAACAAUCGGAAUGGCAAGGAAGUCAUGACACUACUUCUCGACCGGCGAGGAGGCCAGAUCACCAUCACCGAGGAAGUGGUAAGGGCUGCAGCGAGAAAUUGGAAGGAUGGCGAAGAAGUUAUGGGACUGAUUGUCAAUCGGCGAGGCGACGAGAUCAUUGUCUGA